GAUUAUGUCAACAGGUGAUAAUUCAGACCUCGCUGUAGUGAUUUUACAUAAACAUUUGGACAUUAGGUUCUGCCUCCUCCGCUAUAUAAUGCGCGGAGCCAAUAGGAAACCCAACUUUUGUCCUCAAACGUCAUGCAUUGCCUUCAACUGUGGAUGAUAGCCGGUAUAUUUCUUCUCGCGUGGAAGAGAAGGUGAAGUGAUUGCGGAUCUGACACACACACACACACACACACCGCCUUUCGCUUCUGACAGACUGAGCGCCACACGAUCAUCUCUCUACCUGCGCCUUCAUGACAUACCCCGAAAAAUUUCACCAUGAGUGAGGAGACUGAAGUGUGAGCAAGAUUUCACAACCGCAGCCUCUACACUCCCACCAAAUAGAUGAUGGGUGAAGCCGAAGAUGAGAAGAACCAGGCAGGACGGCUAUUUGAGAACUUUGUCCAGGCCACUGACUGUAAAAGCACCCUGCAGGCAUUCAAUAUUAUGUGCAGUUACCUGGAGCUUGACCCUCUGGAGCACAGCACCUUCUACAGCGGCCUGAAGAGCGCGGUGACCUGCUGGAAAGCCAAAGCCCUUUGGAGCAAGCUGGACAAGAGAACCAGCCACAAAGAGUACAAGAAAGGCAAAGCCUGCGAGGGCAUUAAGUGCUUGAUAAUCGGAGGGGGCCCCUGCGGCUUGCGGACUGCCAUCGAGUUAGCUUUCCUCGGAGCCAAAGUGGUGGUGAUUGAGAAGAGAGAUACAUUCUCAAGGAACAACGUCCUGCAUCUCUGGCCCUACACCAUUCAUGACCUCAGGGCCUUAGGAGCCAAGAAGUUCUAUGGAAAGUUCUGUGCAGGAGCAAUAGACCACAUCAGCAUUCGGCAGCUCCAGCUCAUGCUCCUGAAGAUCGCUCUGCUUCUGGGUGUGGAGUUUCACGUAAAUGUGGAGUUUGUCAAGCUGGUGGAGCCUCCAGAGGACCAGGAGAAUGAGGGUCCGGGCUGGAGGGCAGAGAUCCGGCCUGCGGAUCACCCUGUGGCCAACUUCGACUUUGAUGUUGUGGUGGGAGCCGAUGGGAGACGAAACUCUUUAGAAGGGUUCAGGAGGAAGGAAUUUCGUGGCAAACUGGCCAUCGCCAUAACAGCGAACUUUAUUAACAGAAACACCACCGCUGAGGCAAAGGUCGAGGAGAUAAGUGGAGUCGCCUUCAUCUUCAACCAAAAAUUCUUUCAGGAUCUCAGACAGGAAACUGGGAUUGAUCUAGAGAACAUCGUCUACUACAAAGACAACACACAUUACUUCGUCAUGACCGCUAAGAAACAGAGCCUGCUGGACAAGGGUGUCAUCAUUCAUGAUUAUAUCGACACCGAGGCACUGCUGAACAGUGAAAACGUGAAUCAAGAGGCUUUACUGGCGUAUGCACGAGAGGCAGCCGACUACGCCACCCAUUACCAGCUGCCCACGCUGGACUACGCCAUGAACCACUGCGGUCAGCCUGAUGUGGCCAUGUUCGAUUUCACGAGCAUGUACGCCUCAGAAAGCGCUGCUCUGGUCCGGGAGAGAUUUGGUCACGGUGUGCUGGUGGCACUAGUGGGAGACAGUCUUCUAGAGCCCUUCUGGCCUAUGGGGACCGGCUGUGCCCGCGGCUUCCUGGCUGCCUUUGACACGGCUUGGAUGGUAAAAAGUUGGGCGCAGGGCAGAAAUCCACUCGAGGUGCUGGCAGAGAGGGAGAGUCUAUACCGCCUGUUACCUCAAACAACACCUGAAAACAUCGCCAAAAACUUUGAUUUGUACACCAUAGAUCCAGGAACACGCUAUCCCAACCUUAAUUCAAACUGUGUCAGGCCACACCAGGUCCGCAACAACUAUAUCUGUGGAGAGAUGAAGUCGUGCUCUCUGGAACGGGCCGCCACCAUACGCCGCCCUGUCAACUUGUCCAGGCGAGAGUCUGAGAUCAGGCCGAGUCGGUUACUGACGUGGUGUCAGAAGCAGACAGAGGGCUACAGGGGUGUGAAUGUGACUGACCUCACUUCCUGCUGGAGCGGUGGCCUGGCUCUCUGCGCUCUCAUACAUCGCUUCAGACCACAGCUCAUUGAUUACGACUCUCUCAAUGAGCAAGACUGUGCCAAAAACCUUCAGCUGGCAUUUGAUGUGGCGGAGAAGGAGUUUGGCAUUAAGCCUUUCAUCGCGGGGAAAGAGCUGGCGGCAGGUCAGGAGCCGGACAAGACCGGCGUGGUCAACUACCUCUCCAAGUUCUACGAGCUCUUCCGGGGAACACCUCUACCUCCCUCAGAUUCAAAGCGAGAUGGUGAUGCAAAUAAUGAAAAAUGUCCAUCAGAAUCUACCAGACCUGUUUACAAGUCAUUGAGUUUGCCUCGAAAACGCAUACCCAAGAAUGACAAAAAGAUUGAAGACAACGACGCCAUACACAAGAGAAGACGUUACUUAGAAGAGCCAAUCAGAGCCGUCAAUCAGAGUUCUUCUUUACCCAAUGAGGGGCGGGAGUUUAAAGAAAACAAGGUCAAGUUUAUGGCCACUCAGCUUCUAGCAAAAUUUGAAGACAGCACAGCAAGAUGUUCUAUUCGCAGACAGUUUCCGUCCGUCGCCUGUGUGCGACACACCGAGGAGCCCUCGGCUCCUCUCUUCCCCUCGCUUCAUUCCAGUGCUCUGAAUCCACGGAGGAAACCACUUCAGCCUACUCACUCACACACUCACACACAAUCAGAGGCAGAGAACACAGCUGACUCAGACUCAGGAAAUACAGCCACCUGCCAGUCAGCAGUGCUGGCCAUGAGAGCAAUGCUCCAGCGCCUCCAGAGGGUGGAAGAGGAGAUUAGCCAGAGGAAAGCCCAGACUCAAAAGGCAAGGGAGUUUCAUAAAAAAAGCAUAAAGGAGAAGGCUGUGCAUUUGAGCACUCUGUUCUCUGGCGAGGCCUGCUCUCCUCAUCAGACGGAUAGACCUCGGACCGGGCAGCUAGACAUGCAGCUUUGUGAAGAGAAGAGAGAAUCAGUGAAAAGCUCAAAGCAGGUGUCUAAAUCCAAACCAUCACAUGUGCAGCACUUUAUAAAGGAGAUACGGGGAGAAACAGUGAGUUCUUCCCAUCUGAUCAGUUCUUCCACUAUCCAUCCCCAUCAAUCUAACUCCAUAACAUUUCACCCCAUCCCAGAAUGCACUGCUCCGCUCCAUCUUUCCUUUACAUUCUGCUCUGCUUCUUCAUUAAGCAGUAAAUUAAUGCCAGAAAUACUUUAUGGCAUAAACAUGCACGAAGAAGCAAAGAAUAGCUCACAAAUGUCUGCCACCAGCAGUAGCACAGCAUCCUUUACUGUGAGAAAACAAGCAGACGUUCCUCAGUCAAAUGGAGACUAUAGGUCUCAGCGCACAGUAGGCAAAGUGUCUCUGAUAGCGGGUGCUAGAUCCGACUCUCUGGUUACCCUCUAUGAAAAUGACACACCGCCUUCCUUAAAACGAGAAUUUCCUCAGAGUCUGGGAGAUGUGUGUCAUGCGUGUAAGAAGCGGGUGUUUGCGGUGGAGAGGCUCAGCGCCGAGGGGUUCCACUUUCACAGGGAAUGUUUCCGCUGUCAUACCUGCAGAGCUCCGCUGCGCCAGGGAGGCCAUUCCUUCGAUUCGGACGAAGGAAAGUUGUACUGCAAACUCCACUUUGCUCAACGCAAACCCUUAGUCAAGAAUGGGAAGACACCAAUUCUACACACGACGUGCGGUGACCAAUCGCACGCCGGCUCCAGCUGGAGUCCAGAGGGCCGCGAGCGCGUUCUCCAGGACGAGUCUGCAGGUACCCUGUCCUCUCUGAAGACAAGCCUGCUCUGGCCGCUGCGCGUGUGUGCUGUGCCUCGUCGCGUGUUUAACUGGCUGCAUGCCAAAGCGCGGGCCGCAGGGGUCCACCUGCGGGAUAACGCCCGGGAUUACGCCUUCCUGUACGAACUGCUCAGCGUGAGUCUGCCUCUGCUCGCGGGCCUCCACGAACAGAUCGUCCAAAUGUACGCAGAGGCCGAGCCGCUCAAUCUGCGGCCUCUGCAGCGCUGGCUGGAGGAGCACGUGGGCCGCUGGGUCCUGAUUUGAGAAAAACGUCGCCGUUAGGAACAGGACCAAAUGUAACGUUAACGGCCCGGUCUGGAUUGCGCACAAAUGACCGAAGCCUUUCUCGUUUAAAUCAAAAACAAAGGUUUAACGCGGAGUGAACUUUAAGCACUUUAGUGAGCGAGCUGGCUUCAUAUGCACGAUUAAGAUGAAUUAUUAACUAGCGCUCUUUAUCGAGACUUGAGUUUACAAAACCUGAUUUAUCUGUUUCAACCGUUCACGAACAUGGAAGUCACAUUCUUCGCGUGUUUACAUUUCUUACGGAAAACAUACAUUUGAAAAGGAACGUUCCGGGUUCGGCGCGAGCUAAUCUAUCGACGGCAUCUGUGCAAAUGUCGCGGACUACCACAGAAAAUAACUGCAUCUUAUCCUUCAUACUGUUAAAACAAACAAGCGUCACAAUAGAAGUCCGUGGGACAAGACAUUCCAGAGGGUUUAAAGCGGAAACGUGCAUCUUGCAUUUCUAUCAAAGCGUCUGUAGCCAUUUAUCAAAACAAAAGUGCGUUAUAAACGCUGUCAGAAAUGUGGUAUUUUUAGUCUUGCGACACUGGCUGGACUUUCAAAACAGUGCUUGUUCUGUAUUUGAAUGUUUAACCCCCGUGCUAUGUCUUGUCCUGUUGGCUUUCACUGUAAGUGCGUUACUGUAAAUGUGAUUUUUGCAGUUAUAUCCUGCGAUGCUGUUCGCAGAGCUCAUUUUAUAGUUGAACGUUAAGCUAUAAAGACUGUUUUUGCACCGAUUUUGGGCGGUUUGGCGGAUAUCAGUAACCGUUUAUCAUUAAAGUUAAUAUUUUGAAGCUAAUUGAUGACAACAGCAGAUGCAAAAACGUAAUUGUUUUUUUUAAGACAUAUUAAUAAAUCAAUGUACCGUGAGCCGCUGAAAAUCAUACAUAAAUAUGGCAAUACAAUAAUAAUAAAAAUAAAUGUAAUACAGUAAAAUAAAACAAUAAAACGAUUAUUUUUUUUUACAUUUAGGGCCCUAAAUGAUCAUUUGGAUAUCAUUUAUCAAUCAUAUAGUUUAUAAAGCUUAUUUUGACCGUUUCAGAUAUACUGGCUAAUAUGGAUACAGAUAUAUCAGGCAUUCCUCAUUGUAACAAAAUACCAAAUAUGUAAGCGUUAUACUUCGUUCUCAGGCUUAUUUGUAGAAUUGUCAUGAACAGAUUGAAUGCACAUGUAUUGAUUUCAUGUUUACUCCUGCAGUCUCGAUCACGCCUAAGUUUUAUGUCACUAAAAGACGAAUCGUGACGGAAACACUACUUUAGCAGUUUUACAAAUGUCGCCUCGUUUGAUUCACUGGACUACGCUGCGCUUUCUUUUAACGUCACUUGCUACCUAUGACGUGCUCUCCGAGCUACUUACAGCUUUUACAGUAACACGUUUAAGUCCAUUAAAAUGCACGUUUAUUUUCCAGUCGGAACUCGCUGAGGAGUAUUAAUAAUAUGAAGCAUGCUUUUUGUCGACACUGGAAGGCGACUGUUAGCGUGUGAUGUGCUAAUCGGUGUGAAUGGUGAUCGCCGAUCGAUCGUGCGUGGAAAUGAAGCAUCCGUUUUAGUGCGUUAGCAGCUCAUUCCCAAACGCUGUUUACAAGCUGCCUUUUGAUAUGAUUCACAUCUCAUGUUUCUCCUUUUUCAUUCACUUGUAGUUAUUUUCGACCUCUCCACUGCGUCUGCUCCUGAGCAACGCUGAUCCAAAGGUGAUCGUGUGUAAGGUCUUUGACCUGUUUCUCGCGUGGCACUAAUCGCCUGGCAUGUUUCUCCUUUCUGUCUUUCUUCAAGGCUCGUUAAUUACUUGCUCAUGCAGCCUCUGUCUUUUCUUCGUUUCUUUCUGUUUCAGAGGUGGCUUACAUUUCAGAGACCUACACGCAGGCGCCGGUGUGCCUCUAUGAAAGCAGGCCGUUAGGCCUUUAGUUAAAGUAGCACCUUUUAUUGGACAUGUUGUAAAACUGUUGGAAGUUUUUUUGCUGUAUAUUUUACAUUUGUUGUUGCCUUAUUUAUGUUAAGCCAUACUCUUGCAAUAAAAGAAAGGGCAAAGCUG